CGGUCUGCGCGGUGCAGGCUCCGCAGUGUGGGGAGCCAGAACACAGCGGGCCCCGCGUCCUGCCAGCUGGAGCCCAUCAAGGUCGUCUCCUCGGAGCGCCUGUCUGCUGCCCGGCCAGCGGCCAAGGAAGCGUAUGGCGCCCAGCAGCCCCCUGUCCGCCCUGCUGCUGCUGCUGCUCCCCCCGCCAGGCCUGGCCGAGCCCGAGACCACCAUCGACGGGCGGGCGCUGUCAUUCAGCAACCUGCAGGAGGCUGAGAGCCGGGCCUUCACCUGCCUUUCCGCGGCGCCCAGCCUGGCCUGGUACCUCAACGGCGAGCGGCAGGAGUCCAGCGGUUCCGGUAGGUUCCUGGCCACAGGCGACGGCGGCAGUGGCAGUGGCAACGGUGUCGCCUUCGAGGAGAGCAGCAGCAGCACCUUCGUGGUGACAGCGCGGCGCCUGGAUCGCCAGCUCAACUGCUCCGCCACCGAUCCGGCCACAGGCCACGUCUCCAACGCCUCGGUGCUCCUCAACGUGCAGUUUAAACCAGAAAUCGUGAAGAUGGAUGCCCACUAUGAAGAGGCAAGGGAGCCAGGACUCCUCCUGGUGCUCUUUGUGUUGGUCCAAGCCAAUCCCCCUGCCAACAUCACUUGGGUGGACCAGGAUGGGCAGGUGAUGGUGAACACCUCCAACUUCCUCAUUGUGGACACCAAAACCUACCCCUGGCUCACCAACCACACCGUGCAAGUGCAGCUCAGCAGCCGGGCCCAGAACUUCUCCUUCAGCGCCUCCAAUGAUGUGGCCAUCAUCAACUCCUCUAUUCCGCUGCCCGGUUUCCUGGACACCCGCAUUGAGCUCUCCCUUCUGGUGCUUGUGGUGGGUUGUGUGGCGGCCCUGGCGACUGUCCUAGGCCUUGGUGGUCUCAUCAGCUGUGCCAUCUACCGGCAGGGCAAGAAGGCGGCAGGACUUGCCCCACCAGCGCCGCUGCCUCAGAGUGACUCCAACAAUCUGAGACCAAGGCCAGCACGGCUUCCCCGGGCAAAUAUGUCCCUCCCUUCCAACCUACAGCUCAAUGACCUCACCUCCGAGACCAAAGCCAAGGUCAGGAUGGAAGGAGCUGCAAUGGAACAGGAGGAAGAGGCCCACUCUGAGCCAGAGAACAACUUCACCCUUGUAGAAAGAGGUAAGAGGCGAGGGCUGGGAGGUGGCUGCUCUCUACAGCUAGGGGUUCAGUUUGCCCUCUUUACUGAAAGCCAGUUUUGUUUUAAUGAGGCACGUUUGAGCUAAGGGAAGCUGCACCAGAUAUUGGGCAGAUGCCUUACCCACCCCAGAGCUGCUUUCAUCUGGGGAGGUAUCUGAAGAGCUGGGUCAGACAAAAGAGACGACCAUUUUAAAAAUUAUGUUUUGACUUAACUAGGAAAGAGAUCUUUACUGCAUGGUGACUAGAAAAUGAAAAUGGCAAAUUCCCUGAAAGGUUAUUAGGAAAGGAAUUGAAAUCAAAACAGCCAGCAUUAUAGCAUCCCUAUAUACAAAUCCAUAAAUACAUAAAAAUAGAGCAUCCAUUUCUGCACACUUCAUCUCAGAGAAGGUAAUUGAGGAGCUGGAAAAUGUUCAGAAGGUUAUUGAGGGAUGGAGUAGCUCUCUUAUGACAAAAAAGUACAAAGUCAGGGGCUUUUUAGUCAAGAAGAUGGUGGGGGUUCAUACGAGGUGUACACAAGUAUGCCUGUUAUGACAAAAGUGGUGGGGUUAUUCAUAACACAAUAGCCAAUGAAUCUGAUUAGUGGGAGCUUCAGGAUAGAGGUAACGGCAAUUUUCAUACAACACAUAAUGAAUUAUCAAUUUAAAAUGUUUCCCUACCUAUGAGUUGUGAAGUCUGCAAGUGAGUCUCAGGUUUUAUAAGCAAACACAAAAUAACCAUUGCUGGUAAUCCCUAACCAGUAUGAAUAGCUCUUACAGCUUUUCUGAUUCUUGAUGUUUUAUAGUCCUGUGUUAACACUUCUAACAUCGGAAAGACUCGAGUCUUUCAUUUUUAACACUUGGGAACCACUCUGGUGGCAAAGAAGACUUUUAAGGCCCAAAAUUCAUGUGACAUAAAUCAAGGGUUCUCCAUACCACAUCAAUUUAGACUUGCACUGUGGGAUCAACUGCUUUAAAAAGAUGGCAAGUUUCUGAAGUCUUAUCAGUGGCAAUUACUUGGAAUAGCUCGAUGGAACUUUGGAGUUCAGAAGCCGCAUAUACCUCCAUAGACCAGGGUUUGGGCCAAACAAUGACAGCUGUAGCCUUCCUCCCCUGUUGGACAGGGCGACCUUUUUGGCUGGAUUAUGCUCAUAGGGAGGGCCCUGAACCACCAGUUUUGAGUCCUGCAAAUGCUGUUUGGCUCUCCACACACUCUGGCUUACAAGACACUGCCUACACCCAUUCAGAUAUACAUACUCAGCUCUUUCUUAACAAAAAGACAAAAGAAGCUGAAAUCUGGCCUCUGAAACAAUACAUGCUGGGGUUGCAUAUCUGUCAGUAGCCCAAUUCAGUUUCUCUGGCCCUGCAGGUUUUGGCCGAUAUCCUAUGGUUGGAUACAUCUACAGAGCUUCCAGCAUGAGCAGUGACGAGAUCUGGCUGUGAGGGCUGUUGCUGCACCCGCCAGCAGGCACAAAGAGCAGCAGCGGAAGUCCUGAGGAGGCGGACUUCCAAGGCAGCUUGAACUGCAGGGAUGGGGUAUUGCACCUCUAGAGCAAGAUCCCAUGUGUGAGGCCCCAGUGCCUGAAAGGAUAUUGACUGUGGUCCAAGGAAGACCUGCAGCUGCCAAGGGCUGCCCACACCCCACCCCACCCCAAGCUGCAGUACAUCUCUAGACCCACCAAGUGACUCGUGUUCCCCUGAAGAACGUCCCUCCCACAAGAGCCAUUGGUUGGCCCACUCCUCCUUCCUCUUCCCAACCUCAGGGAUGGCUCAAUCUGCAUGUGAUGGCUCUUCCUUGGCAUGAAGGGGGCCAGCCAGGCUACUAGGAGACUGGCAAGCCCCGGCACUGCUGCUGCUGCUGCUGCCAACUGAGCUAAAGCAUGCUGCUUUGUAGCUUCUGCACUUUACAAAUAAAUGGCUGUGAUCAAAGUGCCAUGCCUGUCCUUCUCCUUCAGAAAGAGAAAGCCAAUGGAGGGAACAAAAGCCUAAGCCCAGGCAAGAGCCAGGGCUCAGAAGGAAAUAAACAUUGUGUCUGCUCACCACUAACAGAUUUGGCAGCGCUCAGUGGGCUGAGCUGGCCAGUGUCUGAGGUGGUAAAUGACAGUUUAAGGGAGGAAAAGGCUCCUUGCUCAUUCAAGACUUUUUGCAUUUGGAUUCCGAACUCUUUAUAUGGGCAGCCCCUGAACAAUACAACAGGGGAAUAAAUCUGGAGCUUGUCCUGCACAUAAGUAGAGUCUAAGAACCCCAAAUAGCCACAGUACGCUGAAAUUGUUCUGAGUCCAUCCACAACUCAGACUGCAGCCCC